GGGGGAAGAGAGAGAGGGAUGUGAGAGCAGAAGCCUCCCUUUGACACAGAGCUGAGUCGGCUUCACCCUCAGCUGCCUCUGCCUCUCCUCCUCUCUCUCUUUCUCUCUCUCUCUCUCUGUCUCUUCCCCUCUUUCUUUCUCUCUCUGUCUCCUUCCCUUCUCUCUGGGGCUCAGGACUCUGUCACCUCCCUUCCCCUUGCGGAGGAUACCGGUCACAUCUAUUCCCUGCCUGCGCUAAAGCCAUGGGGUACGGCCGGUCAGAUAGUUAUCGCGUGGCUACCACGCAAGAUAAUAAAGACGACGAAACGCCCCAAAAGUCGAAGGGGCCGACGAAGAAAGAGAUGGAUGACCUAAAGAAGGAAGUGUCUAUGACAGAGCACAAGAUGUCAGUGGAAGAGGUGUGCCGGAAAUACAACACAGACUGCGUGCAGGGAUUGACACUCAGCAAAGCAGCAGAGGUUCUGGCCCGGGAUGGACCCAACGCUCUGACUCCUCCUCCAACCACACCCGAGUGGAUCAAGUUCUGCCGCCAGCUCUUUGGAGGUUUCUCCAUCCUGCUGUGGAUCGGGGCUAUCCUCUGCUUUCUGGCCUAUGGCAUCCAGGCGGGUACGGAGGAUGACCCCGCAAACGACAAUCUGUACUUGGGUAUCGUGUUGGCUGCAGUCGUCAUCAUCACCGGCUGCUUCUCUUACUAUCAGGAGGCAAAGAGCUCGAAGAUCAUGGAAUCCUUCAAAAAUAUGGUGCCCCAGCAAGCUUUAAUCAUCCGAGAAGGAGAGAAGAUGCAGGUGAACGCGGAGGAGGUGGUGGUGGGUGACCUGGUGGAGAUUAAAGGUGGAGACAGAGUCCCUGCUGACCUAAGGAUCAUCUCUGCUCAUGGAUGCAAAGUAGAUAACUCCUCCCUGACGGGUGAAUCUGAGCCCCAGACAAGGUCCCCUGACUGCACACAUGACAACCCUCUGGAGACACGAAACAUCACCUUCUUCUCCACCAACUGUGUAGAAGGGACGGCCCGUGGAGUGGUCGUCGCCACAGGGGACAGAACCGUGAUGGGUCGUAUUGCCACCCUAGCUUCUGGUUUGGAAGUUGGAAAGACCCCCAUUGCUAAGGAAAUUGAGCACUUUAUCCAAAUCAUCACUGGUGUGGCCGUGUUCCUGGGCAUCAGUUUCUUCAUCCUUUCACUCAUCCUGGGUUACUCUUGGCUGGAGGCCGUCAUCUUCCUUAUUGGAAUCAUUGUGGCCAACGUACCAGAGGGACUUUUGGCCACUGUCACUGUAUGUCUAACACUAACCGCCAAACGAAUGGCUCGCAAAAACUGCCUGGUGAAGAACUUGGAAGCUGUAGAAACUUUGGGGUCUACAUCCACCAUCUGCUCCGAUAAGACGGGAACACUGACACAAAACCGUAUGACGGUAGCUCAUAUGUGGUUCGAUAACCAGAUCCACGAGGCGGACACCACAGAGGACCAAUCAGGUGCCUCGUUUGAUAAGAGCUCCCCCACUUGGGUGGCCUUGUCCCGGAUCGCCGCCUUAUGUAACCGUGCCGUCUUCAAAGCAGGAAACGACAACAUUCCAGUUCUGAAGAGGGACGUGGCGGGUGACGCCUCCGAAUCGGCUCUCCUGAAAUGCAUUGAGCUGUCCUGUGGAUCGGUUAAGGCCAUAAGGGAGAAGAACAAGAAAGUUGCAGAGAUUCCUUUCAAUUCCACCAAUAAGUACCAGCUGUCAAUCCAUGAAACAGAGGACCCCAAUGAGAACCGUUACUUGCUGGUAAUGAAGGGAGCCCCAGAAAGGAUACUGGAUGUCUGUUCCACCAUUGUGAUCCAAGGCAAAGAGCAACCAUUGGAUGAUGAGUUGAAAGAGGCUUUCCAGAAUGCGUACCUUGAGCUGGGGGGACUUGGCGAGAGGGUAUUAGGCUUUUGCCACUACUACUUCCCAGAGGAGCUGCACCCAAAGGGCUUUGCUUUUGAUACAGAGGACCUUAAUUUCAGCACUGAGAACCUGUGCUUUGUGGGGAUGAUGUCUAUGAUUGAUCCACCCAGAGCAGCAGUGCCCAGGCCUUUAAUAUUGAGUAUGCAUUACUCAAAUAUUGCCUCUUGUUUAUUGACUAACUAUUUUCUUCAGGUCAUCAUGGUAACUGGAGACCAUCCAAUCACAGCAAAGGCAAUUGCCAAGGGAGUAGGCAUCAUCUCAGAGGGUAACGAGACAGUGGAGGACAUUGCAGCAAGACUCAACAUCCCGGUCUCCCAGGUUAAUCCCAGGGAUGCCAAGGCUUGUGUAAUCCAUGGCACAGACCUGAAGGACAUGGGCUCUGAGCAGAUGGAUGAUAUCCUUCAGAACCACACAGAGAUCGUAUUUGCCCGCACAUCCCCUCAACAGAAGCUGAUUAUCGUGGAAGGAUGCCAGCGACAGGGUGCUAUUGUGGCCGUGACUGGUGAUGGUGUGAAUGACUCCCCUGCCCUGAAGAAGGCCGACAUUGGGGUGGCCAUGGGCAUCGCUGGCUCUGAUGUCUCCAAACAGGCUGCUGACAUGAUUCUUCUGGAUGAUAACUUUGCUUCAAUUGUCACUGGUGUCGAGGAGGGUCGCCUUAUCUUUGACAACCUGAAGAAGUCAAUUGCCUACACCCUGACCAGUAACAUCCCAGAGAUCACCCCCUUCCUGCUCUUCAUUAUGGCCAACAUCCCCCUGCCUCUGGGCACCAUCACCAUCCUGUGCAUUGAUCUGGGCACUGACAUGGUUCCUGCUAUUUCCCUGGCUUAUGAAGCAGCUGAGAGUGACAUUAUGAAGAGACAGCCAAGAAACCCCCGUACAGACAAAUUGGUGAACGAAAGAUUGAUCAGUAUGGCAUACGGGCAGAUUGGCAUGAUCCAGGCUCUCGGCGGCUUUUUCGCUUACUUUGUCAUUCUGGCAGAAAAUGGUUUCUUGCCAUCUCACUUGGUGGGCAUUCGGUUAAACUGGGAUGACAGGACAUGUAAUGACUUGGAAGACAGCUAUGGCCAGCAGUGGACAUAUGAGCAGCGCAAGAUUGUGGAAUUCACUUGUCACACGGCCUUCUUCGUCAGCAUUGUGGUUGUACAGUGGGCUGAUGUCAUCAUCUGUAAGACCAGGAGAAACUCAGUAUUCCAGCAGGGCAUGAAGAAUAAAAUCCUCAUUUUCGGUCUUUUUGAAGAAACAGCGUUAGCAGCUUUCUUGUCGUAUUGCCCUGGAAUGGACAUUGCACUGAGAAUGUAUCCACUAAAGCCUAGCUGGUGGUUCUGUGCCUUCCCAUACAGCUUCCUCAUCUUUAUAUAUGAUGAGAUCCGGAAACUUAUCCUUAGGCGACACCCAGGAGGUUGGGUAGAAAAAGAAUCUUAUUAUUAAAUUCGCAGACGCAUCUCCCAGACCUGGACCCUCUCCAACCUCCGAAUCCCCCUCCCCUUUGAAUCAAACAAAACAAAACGAAGAAAAAAAAAACACACAACAAAAACAUAAUUAAACAAA